AUGUCAAGUACUGGCACAUCGACGACAGUGGCAGCAUGGACAAACACUUGGCAACACUUGAUGCUGGCCGUCGGCCUGCUGGCGCUGUUGGUGUCCGGCGGCAUCCCUGGUGGCACUAAUGUGCUCGUUGCGGCCGAGGGUAACAUCGGAUGCCUUUUUGCUGAAACACUUUGCUUGGAACACCUGGAAUGGUGCUACGAUGACUUCGCCUUCGGAAAGUGUCUGCCGCAGUAUGGGCUGGAGCCGGAGGAGUUGUUCCGGCGGCCGCUGGAGGAGGACCAGAGCCGCAUUCUGGCGCGCAUGCUCGAGGAGCUGCAGGGAGCCGGGCUCGGUUGGGAGCACCCGUUCACGCAGUGUCGCAUGCAGGGCGCCCUGUUUGCCAUCCGCACCAACACGGAGAUCCCGCAGACGCUGUGCGCCAACCUAGCGCCCGACCCGGAAGUGCUCGGCCCGCAAAGUCCGCUCGCCUUCGUGCGCUUCACUCCGCCGAACGAGGAGUACGCGGACGAGGUGUACUAUCCACCGCCGAAGAAGGCGUUCGCCCAGCAGGCACUGAAGUCUCCGGCCGAGCUAGACGUCCUGCCGGAGGUGAUUCCGGUUGGGCCGCAUGGUAUGACCAGUGCUGAGCAGAAGGAACUAUGGCGACGGGUUGCGCUCGGCAAGAUGCUGCGACGGUACGAGGAGCAGAUGCAGCAGCAGCAGAACCCUCCGGAUGUAACGGACUACUUGGACGUGGAUCCGAACGAGAUUGAGGACAGCCAGCUGCUGCCGUAUAAGGGGCCGGAGCGUGAUUGGGCUUACGGAGCGAGCAAACGGACUGGUGGCAACGCGGCGGCACUGUUCCGCGAACAGCAGACCGGACUGGAUGAGGAGCGCGCCCUGAAGGAGCUGGUCGACCGGUUGACACCCGAGAACGACGAUCCCGAGUUCCAGUACAUCUACCCGAAGACUUCCUCGUUCCGCGAGUACGCCAAGGAGCAUCACAUUCCCAAGAUAUCGAACUUCGCUCCGGAGAACGUCAACACACUCCCGGAGGCACCGGCCAAGGUGACCGAUCCGAACGUGGACAAGUUCUACAAGAAACCGCACCGCUCGGGAGCGCACGCUCGGAACGAGAUCCCGACCGGCGGCGCAGUUCUGCGUGAGUCGAACGCGGGUUACGCCCCCGAACCGGAAGCAGCCGGUGGACUGUACACCGAGGGUGGGUUCGUGUACGUGCCGAAGGCGGGCGUAAGCUCACGGCCGGGCAAGGACGAAGCCCGCGCACUGCUGGAUAACAUUCUUGGGUUUACGCGGCGCGAGCGGUUGGAUGUGAAGAAACCGGGACCCCCGGCAGCGCCACCACCACCAGGUCAAAGCCCUAGUGAGCCACCGAAGGAGAUUGCACCGUCGGACAAGGACGCGGUUGGUGAGGAGAAGCGACCGAAGUCAAAGUCAAAGAAGGAGCUGUUUGCCCACACCGACGAUGACCAUGCGCCGCACUCGGUCGACACGGAGUACGCUCAUGUGAUCCUGAAAAACCCAAUCGACAACUGGAAGGAUGGUGCACGGAUUGUCGGAGCGUUAGCGGAGCUAUUGAACAUGCAGGGAUACUUCACGCACCCGAGAGUUGACCGACACGAGGUAUCGUUCCGCGUGGAACCGAACCCGGACAAGAAGACGGCCACCGACGUGGCGAAGCAGAUCAACGACAGCCGGUUCAAGAACAACCUGUCGCGCCGGCUCGGCGUGCUGGUGAUCCAGGCCGGAGUGGGUGAUAAGACCAAGGAUCUGGAUGCCGUCUCGUCCCAGCGUCUGAAGCGCGUCGAGGACGGUCCGAAUGUGACGCACGUGAUGGCGUACAUGUUUGCCGGUGCAGGCGCGGCUGCCGUCAUCGUCGUCGCCAUGACGCUUUUUCUCAUCCGCAAGCACGACAAGAAGAAGGACAAACUCGGUGGGCUACAGUCGGGCAUAGGGGCGGGUGGUGAUAGUUCCAGCCGGGACUACCAGGACCUUUGCCGGGCACGGAUGGCCGGUGGAAAAGCGGGCGCUCCGACGACGGGCGGAACGGGCGGAGGUAUUGACUCGCCCGGUGGACGCAUCACGGCGCUGGCGAAGGAAGCCGAAGCACGGCCACCGUCGUCCCGCUCGAGCACGUCCUCGUGGAGCGAAGAACCGGCCCUGACGAACAUGGACAUCUCCACCGGGCACAUGGUGUUGUCGUACAUGGAGGACCACCUGCGGAACAAGGGCCGACUGCAGCGCGAAUGGGAGGCGCUUUGCCGGUACGAAGCCGAACCAAGCGCAAGGGAUGCGGCCCUGCAGACCCAGUGUGCACCGUUGAACCGUGCCGGGGCCCCUCUGCCGUAUGACCACUCGCGCGUCGUGCUGAACCACCUGGCGAACGCGGAGGGCAUGGACUACAUCAACGCGUCUACCAUCACCGAUCACGAUCCGCGAGCGCCGGCCUAUGUGGCCGCCCAGGGCCCGAUGCAGUCGACGCUGGCCCACUUCUGGCAGAUGGUGUGGGAGCAGGGUGCCGUCGUGCUGGUGGCGCUCUGCCGCCUGCAGGAGAACGGCGAGUCCGCCUGCGCCCGCUACUGGCCAGAGGAGGGCGCCGAGGUGUACCACAUCUACGAGGUGCACCUGGUCAGCGAGCACAUCUGGUGCGACGACUAUCUGGUGCGGUCGUUCUACCUCAAGAACCUGCGCACCGGCGAGACGCGUACCGUCACGCAGUUCCACUUCCUGUCGUGGCCACAGGCCGGAGUACCCACGUCCGCCAAGGCGCUGCUGGAUUUCCGCCGCAAGGUGAACAAAUCCUACCGAGGUCGCUCCUGCCCGAUCGUCGUGCACAGCAGCAAUGGAUCGGGUCGCACUGGAGCGUACAUUCUGCUCGACCUGGUACUCGGUCGCAUGAAUAAGGGCGCUCGUGAGAUCGACAUCGCGGCCACACUGGAGCACCUGCGGGAUCAGCGGGCCGGUCUUGUCGCCACCCGGCAGCAGUUCGAGUUUGUGCUGAUGGCCGUGGCGGAGGAGGUGCACGCCAUUCUGAAGGCACUCCCGCAGACGACCAGUGCCAACAAGGGCUCGCAAGAACAGGAUGCCAAAGAUGGCCAGGAUGUGGCCAAACCAUCGGCCGAAAAGCCCGUCGACAAGUGA